UCAUGGGUUCUCCACCCGUUACCUCCGUCUCCAAACUUCUACCAUCAUAAAAAAACCCCAAAGUUGGUGCGAUCGGGUGAUAUGUAAUUCAAAAUGGCUUCGUAACGAAUUUGCUCUAUACUAUUGGCAUUGAUCUUCCAGUAAAUUGUACUUAUUCAUUGGUAAGAAUACUCUUGAUUCAACUUAAUUUUCACAAAUCUUCAAUUUCUUCAUCAUUUUCACAUUAUUCGUUUAUCUUGUGGUUUGAUUGAUGGAGACCAAUGGCGGGAGCCGUUUCCGCGCUUUUCAUUCUCGAUAUAAAGGGACGUUGCUUGCUCAGUCGUCACUAUCGCGGUGACAUUUCAUCUGUUGACGCGGAGAGGUUCUUCACUAAACUCCUCGAGAAUGAGGAGGACAUAGAGUCUCAAGGUCCAAUAGUGUUCGACAGCGGUGUCUCUCAUAUAUUUAUUCAACACAACAAUGUCUACUUAAUGGCUGUAUCCAGACAAAACUGUAAUGUUGCUAGCCUCAUUGUAUUUCUCCACCGGUUAGCUAGUGUUUUUGAGUAUUAUUUUGGAGAGUUAGAAGAGGAAUCUCUUAGAGAUAAUUUUGUUGUAGUGUAUGAGUUACUAGAUGAAAUGAUGGACUUUGGAUACCCACAAUAUACAGAAGCAAUGAUUCUAAGUGAAUUUAUCAAAACUGAUGCUUAUAAGUUAGAAGUUACACAAAGGCCUCCAAUGGCUGUCACUAAUGCAGUCUCUUGGCGAAAUGAAGGAAUAUACUACAAAAAGAAUGAAGUGUUCCUAGAUGUGAUUGAAAGUCUCAACAUAUUAAUCAACAGUAACAGGCAAAUACUUCGAUCAGAAGUUGUUGGGGCAUUAAAGAUGAGAGCAUGUGUAAGUGGAAUGCCUGAAUGCAAGCUUGGGCUUAAUGAUAGAGUUAUAAUGGAUGCUCAAAGCAGAGCAACAAAAGGAAAAAGCAUUGAUUUGGAAGACAUCAGAUUUCAUCAGUGUGUACGUUUAGCCCGCUUUGAAACUGAUCGCACAAUAUCAUUUAUUCCUCCUGAUGGAUCAUUUGAUCUCAUGACAUAUAGACUCAGUACUCAGGUGAAACCACUGAUUUGGGUUGAGGCUCAAGUUGAAAGACAUGCUAGAAGUAGGAUUGAGAUGCUCGUAAAAGCUAGAAGCCAAUUUAGGGAACGAAGCAAUGCAACAAAUGUCCAAAUUGAAAUACCUGUUCCAUCCGAUGCUACAAAACCUAUUGUUCGGACAUCAAUGGGGUCCGCUUCAUAUGCUCCUGAACAAGAUUCACUUAUAUGGAGAAUCAGAACCUUCCCAGGUGACAAGGAAUAUAUGUUGGGCGCUGAAUUUAAACUCCCGAGUGUAACUUACGAAGAUGCAACUCCUGACAAAAAAGCUCCAAUUCGUGUCAAGUUUGAAAUACCAUAUUUUACUAUAUCUGGGAUUCAGGUACGUCACCUAAAAGUUAUUGAAAAAAGUGCAUAUCAGACGUUACCAUGGGUGAGAUAUAUAACAAUGGCCGGUGAAUAUGAAAUAAGACUACAUUGAAAACCCCAAUUAAACUAAGAGUUGUUGCAUCCAACUUUAACCUUGUGUUAAACUCAAACAGUCAAACUCGAGGUUCGUAAAUGGGCCACUUUUUAUAUGUGCAAUUGCAGUGAGUCACAACUCUUAUUUUCUUCUUAUACUUCGAUCUAUAUCUAAUUUAAUAGUUUUAUAGUCAUACUGAGAAGAACUAACAUUAUGUUUUGAUUUCUGAGCAAAUUAUGAUAACAUGUUUAGCUAUUAUUUUUAACAUUUAGUUGUUAAAACUUAAAAGAAAAUCGUCAAUGAUAAUUUUUUUAUUUGUGUUGAAUUUA